AGCAUUAUGGGAGGGGUUCUUUUUUUUAUAUAGUUUGCUUACUAUGAACUUUUACCUUUCAUGCUUCUGGUGAAGGAUUUUUAUGCAUCGCCGUAAAGAUGGAUUUCGUUGAGUGGAGUAGUGUGUUAAGUAACACGCUGAAUAUUGUUGGCGCUUUGGUUUUUCUCUAUGUUUGUUUGCAUUUUCUUUUUACAGUCUUUUGUGGCAUCAGGACUUACCUGCUUUCAGGGUUCUGGAGGGUUGACUUGAAAUCGUAUGGCGAGUGGGCAGUUGUUACUGGAGCUACAUCUGGAAUUGGAAAAGAAUAUGCCAAUGAGUUGGCAAAGAGAGGCCUGAACGUGGUGCUUAUUAGCCGAUCACUGACUAAGCUGAAGCAAACUGCAGCAGAGAUCGAAAAACAACAUGGCAGAAAAACCCAAGUCAUUCAGGCAGACUUCACCAGUGGCUCACACAUCUAUAAAGCAAUAGAAGCAGCUCUCAAUGACCUUAACAUUGGAAUCCUGGUAAACAAUGUUGGCAUGCUCUUCUCAGAAUUUCCAGAAUACUUUUUGGAUGCCGAAGAUUGUGAGAAGAGGAUCUCUGAUGUAAUCAACUGCAAUGUGCUGUCAGUGCCACAGAUGACACGAAUUGUGCUUCCGAAGAUGGUUGAGAGGAGGAAAGGUGUCAUCAUCAAUUUGUCCUCUGCAGCAGCAAACCACCCAGUUGCCUUGAUGACUAUGUAUUCUGCAUCUAAGGCAUUUGUGGAUUUCUUCUCGAGAAGCCUGAAUGCAGAAUAUAAAUCAAAAGGAAUCCUUGUACAGUGCAUCAUGCCAUAUUAUGUGUCUACCAACCUGAUAAACAACAAGGAGCCUAGCAUGUUCAUAAAGAAGGCAGAUGACUUUGCUCGAGAAGCACUAAAUACUGUUGGCAUUAGUGAUAGGACAAAUGGUUGUUUAGCCCAUGCCAUAGAGAACUACUUCAUAGAAUUGCUGUUUCCAGAGUGGUUCCGUCUCACAUCUUUCACUGUUAAUAGCAUGGUGGAAAUGAGCAAAAAAGAAAAAGAACUCUCCCAGAAGAAGGAAGAGUAACAAGGAGAAAACUGGUCUCCAUUUUCAUGUUGUAAGACAUCUGGAAAUUGUCUGGCACCUGACACACCACAGAUUUUGCAUUCUGUCAAGUUUACUUCUGGAUACUGAUAUAUAUUUGAUCAUACACUGGCAAUAGUAUGAAAAGAAUCCUGCCAGAAGUUCAAGAUAAAUCAUCUUCAGGAUCAUCUGUCCUCUGUGGAAAAAUCUAAAACUGAAAUGUCUGAGAACGAGGUUGGCAGGACUUGGCUCCUUGCCCUGUGCUGUGUAGAAAAAUAAAUAAUGAGUUUCCUUGAAA